UCGUUGGAGUUGGUUAAAGAAGUUGAAAGACUCAAGCCGUUGUUUAAGUGAAGAAAAUAAAGUUGUUGUGUACGGUGAUUGUAUUGAGGCCUAUAGUUGUAUACAGGCAUUGUUGGAACUAGGAAUAUCACCCAAGAUGAUCGCGUUUAUAGAACCUUUUCCACCGGAAGAUGAGAAACAAAUCAGGAUUAAUUGUUUCAAUAAUGAAACGGUUGAUCAAAGGGUACAGUUAAACUUGGAACGACUAGGUGUACAAGUGUACAGAAAGUCCUACUUAUAUGGAUGGUGGCAGAAAUUAGACAUAGUGGAGAAUCUACGAUUAAUGUCGUCAGAGAGAGCGUUGCAUAUGCCGUGUUUUGCAUUAUUUUAUUAUGGAUUGAAGGCUAUUGAUAUCUAUGCAUUUAAAGCAAUAAUAGAAAGUGGUCUGGUAUACGACGGCGGGGUGGUGGUGGGACCAGCGUUCGACACCAACGACCCCCACGUGUUCGCUGCGGGGCCGUGUGUUCGAUUCUCGAGGAAGUUGUACGCUCCGGAUAGACAACAUAAGUAUUAUUGUUCGGAGGAGGUCGGUGAAGCGCUAACUGAAAUAUUUAUCCGUCAAAUGGAUCCAUUAACGGUGGCCGUACGAGACCUGGAUGCAAAACCCUCCGAUAUUGUUGUGUCGGGACAUAACAUCUUUGGGCAGAAACAUUUUCAAGCAAGUGACGAUAGCUCUAUUCAUAUCUCGCCUAGCAUCAUACGAGCCCGCUGGCAACCAGUUCAGACAUACCAUUUGCCGAUAAGCCAGUCGGCAACUUUGCCAGGUCCUGUCUAUUAUAUGAAGUUGAGAAAACCAGGUCCCGAAUUGCCGAUGGCUGUACAGCUGUGUCUACCUAACCAGGGUCACAUAUUAGUAACAGAUAAGAACGAAAACUAUUUUCGACUACAUAUUAACUGGCUGCAUUGUAUUGAGUCAAUCACUUGCUUGUCGAAGAAGAAAUUCACAACGGAUACUCUGAUACAAGUGUACGGGAAGCACGAGUCCUUCUAUAAUAAUUUACUCUCAAGAUAUCAGAUGGGAUUGAUUGAUGACUUCUUCAAAUACUUCUCACAGUCGUGGAUGUUGGCGCUCUCGCAAGAACCAUUCGAAAACGUAUUGGAAGAACUGUAUCAGCACGAAGUUUCAGAUUUUUACAACGUUGUCAAAACCAUGUACAAUAAGUAUUAUGAAGAUGCUACUACUAGUGAGAGGCAGUGCUGUGAUUCUUCUUGUUGCAAGGUCAACCUCAAGGAGUGCGGACAGAAUCAGAUGCUACGCGAAGAUGCUGCAGUGUAUUGGAAUAUGAGAAACGGCGAACAUAUUAUCACUUCGUACAUCGCGCAUUAUCUCAAACAUAAUGCUGUCACCAAUCCGAACUAUGCUCAUACCGACCCCCAUUUGAUUUGAAUGCGAUACUUGGACCUGUGUUCUAAUAGAUUUUGUUUCAAAUAAAGAUGUUUUGUUGCUA